UUAUAAUUAUUAGACUCUCUGUAAGCACCAGUCUCUCUGUGUAAGCACUAGACUUUCUGUGAUAGAACCAGUCUCUGUGUAAGUGAGUACUCGCUUUAUACAAGUCUCUGUGUUAAAACCAGUUGCUGGCUAAGUAUCAGUCUUAAUGUGGAUGGAGCAGUCGUUGUUGAGAGCAGUCUCUGUAAAAAUUCACUUGGUGACCGGCCCACUGAAUUUUCUCAGGGGUGAAGGAUGGUGAUCAGAAGCACCAAAGUCCAAUAUUUUAUAGGUUUACUUGUGAUUUGCAUUGUAUUAUUCAGCAAUGCAAUGGGCACACAGACAUUCAUGGAUCAGGACAAUGGAGACAUGUCCUCCUGGAAUAUGACUUAUAAUUCAUCUGAUUAUAACAUGACAUGGACAGAUUCUUAUGAAAAUAUGACAAUGAAUACAACUGAUUUUCCAGUUAAUUUCUCCUGCCAGACAUUUAACUGUUCAGGAUACAACUGCUAUGAGGAUUAUGACGACUGGGAGGAAUGCCCCGAGACUCACAUGUACUGCGAGCUCUAUCGUUCCUCCAAUACCUCGUACUGGGCAGGUUGUAGUGAUGACUGUGUUGGCACCAGCAACAUUUGUAGGAAUUCUUCUCUAAAUAUGUGUACGAUGGAAUGCUGCAAUACAACUCUGUGCCUGAUGUUGAAUGGCGAAAUUCAAGAAUUACCUGGCGAACCUGAGAUGAUAAUGUCAACCUAUGAACCUACACAAACUACUAUGGAAAUGACUGAAUCCACUGCUAUGGAAACGCCAUCCACAACGCCAACAACGACGCCAACAACGACACCAACAACAACGCCAACAACGAAACCAACAACGAAACCAACAACGAGACCAACAACAAUAGGCAGUGGAAACAAAUGUGCUGUGAUCAACUGUGUUGGAAACGACUGCUACCAAAGCCAGAAUCUGGGAGAUAUGUACUGUCCCGUUGGCAAGGAUUACUGCAAGCUGGAAAAGAAUACAGCGACCACCACAUGGACAAGUAGCUGUGAUGACUCUUGCAACACGGUAUCAUCUGGCUGUUCAUCCAGUAGCAGUUCAUCAACCUGUGUCCAGGAGUGCUGCACAGCCACAGCGAGUUCUUGUCUGAAAUUAAAUGGGGAAGAAAAUUUAAUUGGAUCUGCAAGUACGACAGAGUCCGUGAAGAUCGUGGUUUAUACAAUUGCUGCCUUUGUUUUGACUAAUCACUUUGCACUCUUUAGUUUUUAAAUGCAGGAGCCAAGGAUUCACACCAGACUUUGAAUGUUCAGUUCUGUCAAUUUUCAUUCCGACAUCAGCGUACAACUGCAUAAGCCUUUUCAUGUCAGUAUUCAAUCUGAGGAGAUCUUUUGAAGAGACCAAUUACACUUAAUGAAGCUGAGGCCAUCAUUAAUUCUGCAUCCACCAACUGAAUCUCAGAGUAGAAGAUGGCUUAAAGGGAUGCUGAAAUGGCGGAAUAGCUCUCUCUCCUCCUCUCUGUGAAUCAUCACUAAUAAGUUCAAAGAUUUCAAAUAAACACAUCACUGAGAAAAGGCAGAAACAAAGCAAUUUUUAUUUUGUAGUUGAAGAAUCAAAAUGUAAAAGUGUCUCCAUAUACCUUACUGCUAUAGACACCACAAAUCUGAUGUAGAACUUCACAUCAGUGAGCAGUAAAGCCACAAAUUAUGGAGGAUGGAUAUUUAUCUUCAAUAGAUGCUUUGUCUCCAAGGGAGUACAUAGAAAAUGAUUAACAUAUCCAUCCUGGCAGUGUAGAAAAAUUAAACCAUUUUCUUCAAUGUUUAAGUCCAUUCUAACAAACCGUAAUGCCCUGGAUUUCUCAAUUUGCAACACAGAAUGACUGGGAAAAUGGGCACUGUCUUCCAGCUGAUCUGAAAUAGAUAUAAAUCGAACAUAGGCCAAAUCCAAGAGAGAAAUCAGUGUUUCUAACAUUGAAAUUAAUAUCAAUAGUUUGCAAUCUCAAAUGCAUUUGGUGUGAUUCAAAAUGUGUUCCCUCUUAAAUUCUCAUCUCCCCAGCUCUGCAUCAGAGAAUACUUGAUGAACUGUACAGAAAAGGCUUAUGCAGUGUAUAUACCAGUUCUAAAUAGACAUAAUCAUUGUAAUGUGAAGUGAAACAUCUAGUUAAAAGGUCUGUUCAGUGCAGUGAGUUUGCAGUGUUGAAAUCUUCAUAGGUUUUUGUAAAUAACAACAAUCUUUGUAAUUAAACAUGUUGUUCAUAUAGCAGGGAAAAAAUCUUCCGGGCCUUGCCUUUCAUUAUUUAAGUACAGGACGGGGCAGGAAAUAUAAAAGCUAUAUAUUGUGACUACAUUAUCGUCUGAGGGACCCUGCUUUGCCACUUAAUGGACCAGCAUCUAGAUUCUGAAAGCAAUUAUUUUUGGAUCCAGCAGAACUAAAUGAAAGGGUUCUUCAGAGGUGAAUGCUGUUCCUUUUGUUUUAAGGCAACUAACAGCCAGGGUGGUGCUCCAGUCAUAACUCAAUGGGAGUCACACUUCCAUUUAAAGGAGAAAGAGCAUGGGUCAAAAUCUCAUUCCAUGAAGAUCUAAGUGGACACUUCAGAUCAGCAUUUGACAUUCUGAUUCCAGAUUUCUACUCUCCUAAUGGGAUACAAAAGAUCACUUUGAAGAAGAGCAAGGGAAUUCUCCCUGAUCUCUUGGCCAAUAUUUAACUCUUGAGGAACAUCACUAAAAACAAAGAAUCUAGUUACUGUCACUUUUCUGUUUGUGAGAGCCUACUAAGUUGGCACCACAGUUCUUGCAAUGGUGAUAUUACUUCAAAAGUACCUCACUAGUUAUGGAGCGCUUCAGGACCUCUUGAGGUUACAAAAAGCACUAAAUAAGUGCAAGUCUUUACCAUCUGAGCUCAAAGUAAAAAACAAAACAUGAAUGAAAAUUGAACAAUUAUUGAAACUGGAACAAAUAGUUGGGUUAAUUUUUUUUCUGUAAAAAUGUGCAUAGAAAUAUAUAGAAGUUGUCAAAUGGAUGCACGCAAUUCAAUCCCUCUAUUCAGUGUCAGCAUUUACCCUUCAUGUAUGUAAGUAAAUAAUUCUAAAUAGAUUUACCUACUUUGUUCUCACAUCCCUUCAAGCACUUGUCCAUCAUCAAUCUAUGUAAUCAAAUUCUUUGUGUCUGUAUAGUUUCUGCUUCAAUUAAUUAACUGUGUGGUUGUGAAUUCCACAGAAAAUACAAGAGCUGUAACCAUGUAGUUAUAACAGCAUCAGAAGCUCUUACAGCUUUAUUUAGCCUUCUGUUAAUCCACAAAUAUUCUAAGAAAGCAAUCUAUUCAUUUUUAAAAAGCAUAAGAAAAACAGAUUAUAAUCCACUUCUAUUUUACCUUUACAUCAGCAAUGAUCUUCUCAGUUCAAAUGUUUCCCAAGAUCAUUGACAGAAUGAUUUGAUCAGUGCAGCUUUUGUGUUUACUGUCCUUACCCUUAAAAGUUUCUGCUUCUACCUGCUAUUGCCUUUGACAUUCAAUCUGUGCACACUCACUCCUAGACAGACCUUUUAAGAAAUGUCUGAGCAAAGUUGAAUGUAUUUUUGAAUGGUUGUAGCUGCUGUCAUAUCUCCUGCCAGCCCUGUCAUUACAGAGCACCGUUGUGAAUUUGAAUUCUGGCAAGGGCUGGUCACCCUGCUUCCAUGUGAAUAUGCAGUUUAAACCCAUGUAUUGUGAUGUUCGCUUCAAGCAUAAAAUAUUUGUUUGGCUGGACUUUAAUAAAAUUAAAACAGAA